AUGCCUAAACAAAUUAGGCAACUGUUUUCCAUUAUAUUGACUUUAUGUGAACCUGAUGAUCCUUUACACCUUUGGAAUACAUUUAAAGAUUAUAUGAUUGAGGAUUACAUACACCAUUCAAUGCCAGUUGUACUUGCUGAACAGACUGCUCUUCGUCAAAUUGAAUCUAUAAUUAAUCAGAGUGGUAAAACUUUAACUGAUUAUAAUUUGCCUACAUUAGAUCAGUUAUUAGAUAAUGUCCUAGAAAAUGAUGAUGGAGAUAUUCAGGUAUUUAUUGAUGAAGCAAAUCGAGUUAGACCAUUAUUAAACGAUAAUCAGCGUAAUGUAGCUGAUGCAAUCCUUGCUGCACUUAGUGAAGAACCUAAUAAUGAAAAUAAGCAUUCAAGAUUUUUCUUUAUGGAUGGGCCUGCCGGUUGUGGUAAAACAACCGGCAGGCCCAUCCAUAAAGAAAAAUUUACUUACAAUUAUUUAAUUGCUGAAACACGCAGCAGGCAUAUUAGAACUGCAAUAGCUGCAUGGACAGGAAUAGCUGCAACUCUUCUUAAGAAUGGAUGCACAUUGCACGGCUUAUUCAAACUUCCUGUUCCAAUUUUGGAAACUAGCACAUGUAAUGUAACUCCAAACUCCAUUCAUGGUAGAUUCCUGAGACAAGUUAGUUUAUAUUUACUCGAUGAAGCAUCUAUGAUACCCAAACAUGCUUUGAGUGCCAUUGAUAAGUUAUUACAAGAUAUUUGUAAUAAUAAGUUUCCUUUUGGUGGUAAAGUUAUUCUUAUGGGUGGAGAUUUUCGACAAAUACUUCCAGUUGUGAAGAGAGGUCGACCAGCAGAUGUUGUAGAAUCAUGUAUAAAGUGUUCUGAACAUUGGCAAUAUGUGCAAAGGUUUUCAUUAACUGAAAAUAUGAGGGUUCAGAUAGGAGAAGAGGAAUUUUCUCAAUGGCUUUUAAAGCUUGGAAGUGGAACAUUACCUGUCAAGCCUGAAGAUCCUUUGCAAGGGUGUAUUGAAAUACCUGAGCAGUGUUUUCUCAAUGAUAAUGAAUCUAUUGUGGAAAAGAUUUUUGGUGGUGCAGAAGAAGCUGAUUAUGCAAAACGUGCUAUUUUAACACCAACAAAUGUUGAUUCAUUGGCAAUAAAUGAAGAAGUCCUUCAUCGAUUACCGGGUGAUGUUAAAACUUAUUUAAGUUCAGAUAGCAUUGAAACUGAUGAUCAUAAUGAAAUUUAUAAUUUUCCAGUUGAGUUUUUAAAUACUUUGACUCCAUCAGGUAUGCCUGUUCAUUGCCUAAAGUUGAAAAUUGGUGCUGUUAUAAUGCUACUUAGAAAUUUAGAUCUCAAAGGUGGACUUUGUAAUGGAACACGUUUGAUGGUGCGUGCACUACACAACAAUUACAUUGAUGGUGAGGUUCUAACAGGUGUAUCAGCUGGUAACAGGGUAUUUGUUCCUCGAGUUCAAUUAGCUCCAUCAGAUUCAAAUUUACCUUUUACACUUAAACGUCGUUAA